GAGACUAGAGAGAGAAACUGUUUUGAGUGUAGUGAGAGAAAAUGGGGUGAGUGAAAAUGCAGUAGUUUGCAGCUGAGUUGUACUCUUCACAGCUGAUGAUCAGAACCCAUCACUGAUUUUACAUUCUUUUGGUGUUUCUGAUCCUCGUGGAUGAGAAAAGAUCGAUUUUUUUUUGCUGUUUUUGCAGACCCAUUUGCUUAAAAUCGUUUGAAUGGUAGCUUAGCUAUGCUGACUUGAUCCAUUCGUUUGGAGGUUUGACUUGGUGAUUGAAAAUCCGACUCCACUUUUGAUUCUUUUGUACCUCAAAAUUUGGCUAAUUGAAGGCUUGUUGAGAUAAGGAGUUCCAUCUACUGAAUAAUUGGACCUGUCCAAUUGAACCAGUGGAUGGAAGUCUCUUGGAAAAACCCGAGUUAGCAAACAAUUUUGAUGGUGGGAAUCUGUUAAAAAGUGAUAUUCUGGCCUGGAUCCAUUAUCUGGGACUACCUUACUGGUACAAGGACCAGACUUUUAUAAAGUCAAAACCAGUUCUGUGGUUGGUCUUAGCAGGAGUCAUGGGAACCUUAUUACAUUCGGAGUCGAGGCGCUUGUACUCAUGGUGGUGGGAUAGCCACAUUAGCCCCAAGAAUUCGAAAUGGCUUCAAGAAAACCUUACAGACAUGGACGCCAAGGUGAAAUCAAUGAUCAAGCUCAUUGAAGAGGAUGCGGAUUCUUUUGCGAGGAGGGCAGAAAUGUACUACAAGAAACGUCCAGAGCUCAUGAAGCUAGUUGAGGAAUUCUAUCGAGCUUAUCGGGCAUUGGCAGAGAGGUAUGAUCAUGCAACUGUGGAGUUGCGGCAUGCCCAUCGAACUAUGGCACAAGCAUUUCCCGACCAAGUACCUUACGCACUGACUGAUGAAUCACAGUCAAGCACUUCAGGCCCCGAGGCUGAACCCCAUACACCUGAAAUGCCGCACCCGAUUCGUGCAUUACUAGACCCAGAUGACCUGCACAAGGAUGCGUUGGGACUCUCUUCAACCAACUUACUUGGAUUGAAAAGCAACGGGGGAAAUUCAGAAAUGUCCGACACAGGAACAAGCAGAAGGGGGCUAAAACAGCUUAAUGAGAUCUUUAAUUCCGGAGUGGCGCCAGAAAAUUCGAAGGUUGGAGAAUGGAGGAUGAGAAAAGGCCUAGUUUCCCACGGAGGAGAAGAGAGUGGACAAAAUUUUGACCAGGACUCUCAGAUGUCAGGUGGAAACCAGAAUUUGAAGAAUCAGGUUAUUUUUGAGUCUGAACGUGCAGUGAAAGCAGAAACUGAAGUUCAAAGCCUAAAGAAAAUUCUGGCGAAGGUGCAAGCCGAAAAGGACACUCUCCUCUUUCAAUACCAGCAGAAUGUUGAGAAGUUAUCUAAUCUGGAGAGGGAUCUUAAUCAUGCCAAAAAAGAUGCUGGACGGCUUGAUGAGCGAGCAAGCAAAGCUGAAAUUGAAGUUAAAGUGUUGAAGGAAGCGCUUUUGGAGUUGGAAACCGAGAGGGAUGCUGGUCUGCUUCGAGUCAAUCAGUGUUUAGAAAAGAUAUCUAGCCUGGUGACUCUGUUAUCUCAAUCCCAAGAGGAGGGAGAAGGACAAAAGGAACGAGCUAUAAAGGCAGAAACUGAAUCUGGAAAACUUAAGCAAGAACUUUCUAGAUUGGAGGCAGAGAAGGAAGCUGGUCUUGCUAAAUACAGUCAAUGUCUUGAUAAAAUAUCUGUUUUGGAGUCUAAAAUCUCAAUUGCUGAGGAAAAUGCCAGAUUUCUAAACGAGCAAAUUGAAAGGGCCGAAGCUGAAAUCGAAGCACUAUGGAAAGCUCUUGCUAAGCGGAGUGCAGAGAAAGAAGCUGCAGGUCUCCAAUACAAGCAGUGCAUGGAGAUAAUUGCUAAGAUGGAGGCUGAAAUUUCUCGUGCUCAAGCAAAUGCAGAACGACUAAAUGGCGAAAUUCUAAUGGGGGCGGAAAAGUUAAAAAGUGCUGAAGAACAAUGUGUCAUGUUAGAGAGAUCAAAUCAAACUCUGCGUUCAGAGGCAGAAGAUCUGUUGAAGAAGAUUUCUAGGAAAGAUCAAGAACUUUCAGAGAAAAAUGAUGAGUUGAAGAAAUUUCAGGACCUAAUGCAAGAGGAGCAGUCAAAGUUUCUGCAAGUUGAAGCCACUUUCCAAGCUCUUCAGAAGUUGCACUCUCAAUCUCAAGAGGACCAGAGAGCCUUGGCAUUGGAGCUUAAAGAUGGGCUCCGAAUGUUGAAGGACCUGGAGAUAUCCAAACAUGAUACCGAAGAAGAAAUGCAACGUGUUAAGGAAGAAAAUUGGAAUCUCUCUGAACUCAACUUUUCAAGCACUAUCUCGCUGAAGAAUCUCCAAGAUGAAAUCUUUAGCUUAAAGGCGAUGAAGGAGAGACUGGAACAUGAGGUUGCACGAAGGGAGGACCAAAGCGACACCUUACAGCAUGAAAUCAGGCAUCUAAAGGAGGAAAUGGAGAGCUUGAAAAGCAGAUACCACUCAAUAAUAAUGCAAGUAGAUUCGGUUGGUCUAAAUCCUGAUUGCCUUGAGUCGUUUGUGAAAGACUUGCAAGAUGAGAACUCAAAGAUGAAAGAGAUCUGCAAAAGUGAGAGAAAUGAGAGGGAAGUUCUUUAUGAGAAGGUGAAGGACAUGGGCAAGCUUUCAACAGAGAAUACUAUGCUGCACGGUUCUUUAUCGGGACUGAAUAUUGAGUUGGAGGAUUUGAGAGAGAAGGUCAAGAAAUUGCAAGAGUCCUGCCACUUUCUCCAGGGAGAAAAAUCCACUCUUGUUGCUGAAAAAGCUGCUCUACUUUCACAGUUACAGAUGAUUACUGAAAACAUGAAAAAGCUCAUGGAAAAGAAUAACUUGCUGGAGAAUUCUCUCUCUGGUGCAAAUUUGGAGCUUGAGCAGCUGAGGCUGAGAUCAAAGAGCAUAGAAGAGAUGUGCCAGAUGCUCAACAACGAGAAGUCUCAUCUUCUGAACGAGAGAAGCACCCUGGUGUCGCAGUUGGAGAAUGUUGAACAGAGACUGGGAAAACUCGAAAAGAGGUUUACCAAGUUAGAAGAGAAAUAUUCUGACCUGGAGAAGGAGAAAGACUCUACAGUGCAUCAGGUCGAGGAACUACGCAGUUCUCUUCUGGUUGAGAAGCAAGAACGUUCGAGUUAUAUGCAAUCAACUGAAGCUCGUUUGGCAGGUUUACAAAAUGAUGUCCAUCUCUUACAAGAAGAGAGUAGACUGGGGAAAAAAGAAUUUGAGGAAGAACUAGAUAAAGCUAUGAAUGCCCAGAUUGAGAUCUUCAUCCUGCAAAAGUUUAUUGAAGACUUGGAGGAGAAGAAUUUCACACUGCUCAUUGAAUGUCAGAAACAUAUCGAGGCAUCGAAAAUUUCAGAUAAGCUCGUCUCGGAACUGGAGAGUGAAAAUCUUGAGCAGCAGGUGGAAGCAGAGUUCUUGGUCAAUGAAAUUGAGAAGCUGAGGUUGGGGCUUCGACUGGUGUUCAGGGCUCUCCAAAUUGAUCUGGAUCAUGGGCGAGAAAAGAAACUCGAUCUAGAGCAAAUAUCAGUGCGGUCGAUUCUUGAUAAUGUUGAGGACUUGAAGAGUUCUCUUUUGAGAAGUGAGGAUGAGGAGCAGCAGUUGCUGGUUGAGAAUUCGGUGCUUUUAACUUUACUGGGGCAACUUAGAGUCGAUGGCUUGGGGCUCGAGUCAGAAAAACAGAAACUUGAGCAGGAGUUUGAAAUAAUGAAAGGCCACUAUUACAUGUUGCAAAAAGAUAAGGAAGAGCUUUUGGAUAUGAACAGGAAUUUGAAGUUUGAAGUGAGCAAUGGAGAGCAGCAGGAGGAAGUAUUGAAGGGUGAAUUACAAAUCCUGCAUGAAAAGAUGGAAAGUCUGCAGAAAGCUUACCACAUUUUGCAGGAACAAAAUUCCAAGGUGCUUGAAGAGAAUAGGUCUUUGCUUAAGAAACUUUUGGACCUUAAGGAGGAAAAGAACUUCCUUACAGAGGAAAAUGAUGCUAUACUCCAUGAGGCAGUAGCUCUUAAUACCUUCUCUUUUGUUUUGGAGAGCUUCACAGUUGAAAAAUCUAUGGAACUAAAAGCACUUUCCGAAAAUCUAAACAGAUUAUGCGAGGUUAAUGGUGAUCUCAAGGUAGAGAGUGGAAUGUUGAGGGAGAAGUUGGUGAACAAAGAAGAAGAAAUUGUGCAUCUAAAUGAGUCGGUUGAGACGUUAGGCAAGGAGUUGCAUGAAGUCAGAGACUCUAAUGAUCAACUAAGCCUUCAACUUUUGAUUGAGAAUGAUUUUCUAAAACAGAAGUCAGUGGAGCUCUCAGAAGCACAACAGAAGAUAAGAUCUACGGAGAACUUGAACGUGAAAUUAUGCAGUGCGGUUGAGGAACUGAAGAUGGAAUGUGAAGAAUUGAAGUUAAACAGAGAAAUAAUUGCAGAAAAGAUUCUUGAACUAACUGAAGAUGGCCUUAACCAGAAUAAGGAAAUUGAAAGCCUUCGCGAAGUGAACGAAGAUUUGGAUACUAAAGUGGGGAUAUUAUGUAAAGAAAUUGAAGAACACAGGAUCAGAGAAGAAAAUUUGAGCGCAGAGUUGCAAGAAAAAAGCAAUGAGUUCGAACUUUGGGAGGCUGAAGCCGCGGGAUUUUAUUUCGAUCUUCGGGUAUCUGCUGUUCGUGAGGUUCUACUUGAAGAUAAGGUACAUGAGCUUAUUGAAGUUUCUCAGAAUCUUGAAGAGGAAAAUUCUGCAAAAACGAUGGAGAUUGAGCAGAUUAAAACCAAAGUAAGCUUCUUGGAAAGCCAAAAUGGAAGACUGGAGGCCCAGUUAUCUGCUUAUGUACCCGUCAUAGCUUCUUUGAGAGAGAAUGCAGAAUCUCUUGAGAAUAGUGCCCUUCUUAGAGAAAAGCUUCUUGCAGCAGCCAAAAAGGCACAAAAGGGGAUGGAAAAGACAAGUCAAAAGAGCUGUGAAGAUCUUAAAGAAGAUCAAAUCACCGAGGUCCCAGAUGGGCUUGUGGAUUUGCAGAAAAUUCAGAAAAAAAUUAAGGCAGUAGAGAAGGCAAUGGUGGAAGAAAUGGAGAAGCUCGAAAUUGAUGCAAUUGAAAAGGCCAUGGAAGAGGAAGUGGAACGACUUGCGGUACAGGAAUCUGUGAACACCAACAUUGAGGAAGCAGCUGAAAGUGAAAAGGAGACUGAAGCGCUGAAAUUGAGGAGCUCAAUGCUUCGAGAGGAUGCCAUUGCAAUUGAAGAGAUGAAAAACAGUGAUGAUCUUGAUCUCAAUAAGACUAAAGCUGAAAAUGGGAUUUUGAUGAAAGACAUUCCGCUAGAUCAAAUCUCGGAUUACUCAUUAUACGGAAGAAGCAGGAGGAAGACUGGUGGGACAGAUGAUCAGAUGCUCGUAUUAUGGGAAACAGCAGAGCAAGACCGCAGCCAGAAUGCACCUGCUGAUGAGGAGACACAAAAUCAAGCAUCUGAACCAAAUCGGGCUUCUUCUUCAGGAUUACAGGCAGAGAAGGAGCUUGGCAUUGACAAGCUGGAGGUGUCCUUUAACAAAUUGCGGAAUCAAGAAGGUAACAAGGGAAAGAUGUUGGAGAGACUUGCGUCAGAUGCUCAGAAGCUGACAAGUCUACACAGAAGCGUGCAAGAUUUGAAGAAGAAGAUGGAGAUAAACAAAACAAAGAAGAACUGCAAUUUUGCCGAGUUUGAAAUGGUUCAAAGACAGUUAUUGGAAGUUGAGGAGUCUGUUGUGCAGCUAGUGGAUGUCCAUGAUCAGCUGACAAAGGACAUUGCAGAGACUAGUCCCUCAUCUUCUGACAGGAAAAGUUCAGCUGAGUCAGAAGAGGAUGGAAAUGUCAAGGGGAAGAGAGUUGCUGAGCAGGCGCGAAAGGGUGCAGAAAAGAUUGGACAGCUGCAGUUCGAGUUGCAGAACAUUCAUUACAUUCUGCUAAAGCUUGAGGAUGAGAAUAAGAACAAAGGGAAAAAUAGUAGAUUUUCCGAAAGUAAGACUGGAGUUCUCCUGAGGGACUUUAUUUAUAGCAGUAGGAGAAGGCGUCAGAGGCGGCGGAAGGGCUGUUUCUGUGGCUGUGCGAGACCUUCAACUCGCGAAGACUGACGCGACGAUCAUCAGUUAGAGGGAAAGGAAAGUCAUUAUUUCUAUGGAUGAAAUGUUUCUUGGGAGUUUCUUGGAUUAGUUAAUGAGAAACCAUCUUUUGUAAGCUUAGUUUCUUAUGUAUUAGUUAGACCUUUGAUCUAAAAUAACAAUAUGCUGCUUCGUUCAGCAUUUAAACUCUCCAUCCCAAGAACACUAUGGAAAUGAUUAGAGAAAUAGAAGUUCUGUUCAUGUGUAAAUAUUAGAUGUCUAGUUAACUCAUGGGGAUUGCCGUAUUUGCUAUU